AUGCCGUUUUACCUUAACUUACACCCGAGUAUUAUACUCUUGGGCAGUAUUGCUCUGGGAACCAUCAUCUGUCUAUCAAUAAGGCGUUCCUGGAUCCAUCGUCAAUUUGCAAGGGCUCAUGGCUGCAAACCUAUCGCACGAUCUCUGUCAAAAGACCCUUUUCUAGGUCUUGAUUUACUGCCCGGAACUUUUCGUGCUAUCAAAGAGAACAGGAUCUUGGCGAGAAGUUUGGAAAAUUACAAGACUCAUGGCAAUACAUUCACAGUGAGGGAGCUGCACAUAUCAGCAAUAGUGACCAUCGAACCGGAAAACAUCAAGACAGUCCUUUCGCUCAAAUUCCAAGAUUUUUGCAUUGCUCAUCGCCUGGAAUGCAUGAAACCACUGCUUGGAGAGGGCAUCUUUGAUACUGACGGUGAUCACUGGGCCGCAUCGCGUGCUCUGAUCCGACCCAGUUUCAACCGUGAUCAAGUAGCUGAUUUAACAUCUCUUGAGAGUAUAUUCCAGGAUUUCUUUUCAUUGCUCCCGCGUGAUGGGGAGACAGUGGUCGAUCUACAGGGUCUAUUCUUUCGCUACACUAUUGAUUCGGCGACUGAGUUUUUGUUCGGACAAUCUGUCGGUACUUUGAAGAAUUCUGAGGGAGAACUUGGAUUUGCAGAUGCUUUUCAAUAUGCCCAAAAGGCUAUUCUCAUGCGAGGAAUGCUGGGUCCUUUGAAUUUCCUUUUCCCAGAUCGACGAGCUGAAGAGUGCAAUCGUACAUGUCGAGACUUUGUUCAGCAGUUUGUCGAGGAGGCAGUCAAUGCAGUCCAGACCAGGAAGGAAGAAGGAGAAAAGUCAGAUCCUAACUCAACGCGUCCAAAGCGUGUUUUCUCUCACGAACUGGCAGCGCAGACAUCUGAUAAGACUCGUAUUCUGGAUGAAUUGAUGAAUGUGCUGCUAGCUGGCCGCGACACCACUGCGAGUUUGUUGAGCAAUAUGUUCUUCAUGUUGGCUAAGAAUCCAGCAAUGUGGGACAAGCUACGCAGAGAGGUGGCAUUCUUAGAAGGUCGUCUACCUACCUAUGAGGAGCUUUGCAACAUGAAAUAUGUUCAUUGCUGUAUGAAUGAAUCUCUUCGCUUGCAUCCAGUCGUGCCGCGCAAUGACCGCCAGGCUGUAAGAGACACCGUCUUACCACUAGGUGGAGGGGAGGAUGGUCUCUCCCCAAUUUUCGUGCCGAAGGGUACCUUGGUUGUUUACAAUUUGUUUGCAAUGCACCGACGUAAAGACAUUUACGGACCUGAUGCAGAUGACUUCCACCCAGAGCGUUGGGAAGAUGGAAAGUUGAUGCCACGAUGGGGAUUUUUGCCCUUUAAUGGCGGUCCACGGAUAUGCAUAGGUCAGAGGUAUGCUUUGACUGAAGCUGCCUAUGUUCUUGUUCGGAUGGUGCAAGAGUUUAAGAGUCUGGUAAGCAGAGACCCGGGAGAAUGGCAAGAGACAAGAGGAUUGACCUUGACGUCCGGGAAUGGGAACAAGGUGUCUCUCAUUCCUGCUUAA